GCUUUGACGACGUCCCCAAGAGACACCCCAGAGACCCCAAGAGGCCUCCGUAGCCGUGUUGGUUCGGGCCGCUCCCUCUACACAUUCCCCUCGCGAGCGCAGGUAAGUCCACCGAUUACCCUACCAGGCGCGAUGCCAGAGAUGCAGACCUCCUCCAUCUUCAGCAGCGUGAUCCCGAGAUCGGAGACCUCUGGGAAGGGCAAGCAGAACACCCCCAAGUCGCCGAUCAAGCGGGUGAUCGUGUUUCUGCCGGAUGCCCUUGGCGUCGGCGGUUGCGGUGACAAUUCAGAGCCCAUCGACAUCGGCAAGCCGACCGUCAUCGUCACCCUGUGACAUGGCGUGGUGGUCUUCCUCCUCCUCCGCCUCCUUCCUCCUCCCCCUCUUCCUCCCUGCUCCGUUUCAGCGGCCCAGCUGGCUUUCAGACCGCGGAGCCGCGGGCCCGCAAUCGAGGUUCCCGUGUUCCCGAGGCAUUUUCCAGGAGCUCGCUGCAGAGCUGCGGCGGACGCCCAAAUUUUUGACGAUACAGAUCGCGGGUGAGAUUUCUCCAGCGUGUCGUGAAUUAUCCUCGAGGUGCAGGAGGGGGGAGGGGG